AUGUCUGGGGUAAUAUCGACCCAGCUAAGGACGCACAAGGAUCCGACGAAAGAUGACAUUAAUCGAUUAUUUUUCUCCCUUCCCGCUGCUGGAUCUUGCGGCCCCCUCGAAGAAGGCCUCGAAAAAGUAGAUAUUAGUGCGGUCCUUACUCUUCAUGGCCAGGAGGACUCUUUUGCAGGCACCCUUUACUUAAUGCCCCCGUUUCUAUGCUUUGCCUCCUUGGAUCGCAAGUCUGUGCAGUUUACGAUUCCCCUCACCACCAUUCGACGAGUCGAGCGCCUCAGCUCACGCGCCGGAGUAUUCGCCCUUUCUCUGACGGUAUGGCACGGAAUGAAGAUAAUCGUCCAACUCACUUCGCUUAGACCUACCGCGGAUGCUUUUUGUAACCAUCUUCGAGAUGCCCUAAAGGUCCAACUGCAAUCCGGUCAAAUGAAAACCCUCAAGAACUUUGUUAAAACAUGUUACUCUGAAUCCGCAUUAUUAUCCAGUUCUACAUUCGCCGAUAAUGAACGUGAGGAUGGUAGCUUUAUUGCAAAUGAAGAGCGCGGGGCCGGCGACGAGUCCGCACCGCAGUUCCUUGGUGGUCUGGGACUCAUCCACAAAUUUCCUGGAGACGCCAAAAAAUUAAGAGAAGGCUCUAAGCUUAAAUUAUGGAAGGAUUACAUGCGAGUGCACGGCCGUAAUCUUACUUUGCUCCGAUAUCCACAAGCGACGCGUCUGAUCCAGGUCGGGCUGCCCAAUCGGCUGCGAGGUGAACUAUGGGAAACACUCUCCGGAUCUCUGUAUCUAAGGUUUAAUAAUCCUGGCGCAUACCAGAAGCUACUUGAAGAUAAUAAAGGCCGCGUCACCACAAGUACAGAAGAGAUUGAAAAAGAUCUAAAUCGCUCUCUUCCCGAAUAUCCUGCGUAUCAAACUGAUGAGGGCAUCGAUACCUUGCGUCGCGUCCUCACUGCGUAUAGCUGGAAGAAUCCUGAACUGGGGUAUUGUCAGGCCAUGAACAUUUUGACCGCCGCAAUAUUGAUAUAUAUGUCAGAGGAGCAAGCAUUCUGGCUAUUGGAAGUACUAUGUAACAGGCUCGUUCCCGGUUAUUACAGCCCUUCGAUGUGGGGCACUCUGCUUGACCAGCGUGUCUUUGAGGCUCUGGUUCAUAGGUGUUUACCAAUUAUCCAUGAACGAUUUAUAGCUGUCGACGUACAGCUCAGCGUUGCCAGCUUGCCUUGGUUCUUGAGUUUGUACAUCAAUAGUAUGCCCCUUAUUUUCGCGUUCCGGAUCGUAGAUUGCUUCUUUGCUAUGGGACCCAAAGUUCUUUUCCAAGUCGGACUAGCAAUCUUGAAAAUCAACGGGGAAAAGCUCCUGAAAGUCGAAGACGACGGCGCAUUCAUUAGCGUGAUGCGCAGCUACUUUGCCUCGCUCGACCAGUCCGCCCACCCGGACCACCCGGACCCACGUACUCGGGCGAUUACCAACUUCCAAGAACUGCUCCUCGUUGCGUUCCGAGAAUUCAGCACGAUCACCGACGCGACGAUUAUCGCGGAGCGUAAACGGUUCCGCAGCGAGGUCGUCACCGGCGUCGAAUCGUUUGCGAAGCGAUCGGCGGUACGGAAUUUGUCGACGUUUGGGAAAUUUACGAGGGACGAAGUGGGGGGUGUGUAUGAUGUCUUGUUCAAGGCUGUCCUGGUUUGCCCUCCGGAUAGCAUAUCGGCGCUUGCGGAUGGAGAGGAGAGGCCGGAGACUCGGAUUGGCAUGAAGACUUUUAAAGUGUUCUUGGCGGACAUUGCUUCCUGGGCACGAGACGAGCGGGUGGUAUCUAAUGGUUUUAUCGAGCGAGUUCAGCGCGAAGUUGCUGAUCAUGAUCUUAUCGGACGUAUCUUUUACUAUUGGGACAGACAAGCUAGAGGAGCUCUCUCACUCCAGGACCUUGUACUGGGUCUCGACGAAGUCAUGCACAACGAUCUUAUGGGCAACAUACAGGUGGAGAGGACAUGGAAUUGGGAUUUCAUAUUCCGGAACGAGCCGGGCGACGCGUACCUCGGUGCAGUCAGUCGAUUUAUGACCAAUGCGUUCGAGUUUGGCGAUGCCUUAUUACCUACUCCGCUCGGUACAGAAGAUGGAGCAGGGGCACCAACAGUUGCUGCAAACGUCCCCUAUUUAAACUUAGCAACAUUCCGCAUGGUAGUUCUCGCUGACGAGAUUCUUGAAUCUUUCUUCGAAUCCGACCUGACGGCUUCGUUCCGCCUCGAGCCAGUGCCCGAAGUCCAAGUGCCACAGCCAAAGACCGGCUUCUUGGGCGGUUUGAUGUCGGCCCUUGUGACGGACGACAAUUUGAAGAUAUUCAACCGGUUCGCAGACGAAGUUGGAAAGACAAUCGGCAAGCACCAGGUGGUCAGCAAGCCCUCUAUUGGCAAGAUGAGCCAUGUUACGCUGCAAGAACCCAAGGCCCGGGAGUCGUUGCUCACGACGCCAAUGCGCGAAAAGCAACUCAAGGGUUCUCCGUCCAUGUCGAAUAUAUCAGUUGCCGAGAAACCUUCGGAGACUUUGUCUGAGCUUGCCUCCCUUUCCAUCGCGCCAAGUACCAGUUCUCCAGCGGCAUUGGCCAUUCCUGCAUCACCUGUUGUUGUCCCACCUAAGGACGAGCCUAUACCAUCUUCACCAAACCCGCUUAAUCCGUUGGCGCUCGUCAACGAGAGACCUAAAUUCGCGAUUGAUGAGGCAAAAGAGGAAGAAGAGGAUCUGGAUGACUUAGAUGCAGUUGCUGCUGAAGAUGGAUUACUAGAUGAGGUGGAUGCUUUCCUAGAAGAGCAUGAUGCUGGGUUGUCUGCUGCUGAAAAGGACGCCGCUAAAGAUUUAUUGAACGCUAAGCCAAUCGGCCCGGAAAGCUUAGCCGUGAGCGCCCCUCCGAGGCCAAUGAUUCUUUUCCCCAUUUGCGUUAAGUGGAGUGAUCAACGAGCGGUGCCCGGACCGGGGGCCGGGACGCGUGACUUCUUUGAGAGCCUCGUCAACUUGAUUUGGGAUAUGAAGUUUCGACUUUCUUCUCCACUCUACCUCACUAUAUGCGCGGGUUUAUUCGAUGCUGUGGUCUCCAUUACAGCAAGCCAGGAGGCCAUCCAACUUGAAGUACCUAGAAAUCCCCCUCAACAUGCGUCAAGGAUGCUGCAUCCUGCUUUUGCCUCGUUGUCUGUGGAUCCUGCGUUUUGGGUAGAGUUUUUUGGCAACUCAUCGAAUCCUAACAAACUAUCCUUUCAGCUAAUCGAGAAUAUUGCUGAAAGAACAGGUGUAUCUCCUUGGAUUAGACCUGGUGGUGUCACUCAGGAUAGCUCUCUUUUCGACCGUAAGUCCGGCGAGCCAGUACGAGAUGUAUCUACAAGUGGUGGCAUUUACCGAACAACCUACGGGCCGGAUUAUUUCAAGUCCUUCUCAAACUUCGCGCCUUCAACUAAAUUUACCAUUACGCUUAAUCUUGGUAACAAUACGCUGAAUAUUGCGCGUGACCAAGCCAAAGCAGCCUACCAGUAUCUGAAACCCGAUCAAAUCUGGGCAUUUGAACUGGGCAACGAGCCCGGAAACUACAAGGAGACGCAGCGCAAUCUGUCGAUAUGGGGAGCAGAUGCAUAUGUUAAGCAGUGGCAAGACUGGACAGAUGCUAUCGAUGCGGCAGUGCCUCUGAAACAACCACGUUGGUGGGGUGGGUCUGAUGGUACCACAGAUGACCCAAACACUAUAGCAAUUCAAACCGAUCUAAUCACAUCUCGCGGCGUUACGGGGAAAAAGGUCAAAGAAUUCUCACAGCAUAUGUACCAGUACUCGAGCUGUCGCCCUGCUAGCAAUGCUCGUGCGACCGUGCCCAACAUAAUGAAUCAUACUAAUAUAACCUCAUUUGUUGAUAUUUUGCGCUCCAAAAUUGCAGCAGCCAACAGCGUCGGAAGUGACUUCGUUGUCGGGGAGUUCAACAGUGUUAGCUGCUCAGGUAAGGUGAAUAUAACCGAUACUUUUGGUCAGGCUUUAUGGGCCCUCGACACCUCUUUGUAUUCCGCCUCGCUUAAUGUAUCACGGGUGUACCUGCAUCAGGGGGCUACCUUGGUUUUUCAAUCAGAUAAUCAAGAGAACAUCCCCGGUGCCAACGGAACUCCUGAUCUUACAAUCUUUGGUACCCACGGGAUAGUGAACUUCGAGGCCGUGCGCGUGCAAAUCCAAGCUAGUAUGUUUCUCUUUUUGUCUCGCAAGACGUACAAGUCUCCGACUCAACUUGCCGCCAGUGUCUCGCAGUUAGUGCUCGCCGAAAUCGUCGGAAAAUCACGGGCUUCGCAGGUUGUGCAUCUUUCACCGCCGGUGAGCGUUUCUGCGGACCGGUUCGCUGCAUAUGGAAUAUACGAACACAAAAAACUUUCGAAGUUGGCACUGAUCAACUUUUCCAUUUUCAACAAAACCGAAACCGGUCGUGACGCCCCUGGCAUACGAGUUCGCAUUGGAGAAAGAAGCGGAAAAGCUCCGCGAGUGAAGCGUAUGACUGCUCCUGGACUCGACGAGAAAAACCCCGACCUUGUCACCUGGGCUGGACAGGCAUAUACUAAUGGCUCGGCGGUUGGGAAACUAAAACUCGAAUCUCUCGUUGAUAACACCGUUUGGGUCCGUGAUAGUGAAGCAGUGCUGAUUGAUUUCUAA